CUAAAAGUUAAUGUCUCGUAUGUUUUUCUACAAAGUGAAUAUGUGUGUUAGAGAUUAAUUGAAAAUUUUAUCCAGAACAAUGGUUAGACAUAAUAAUCAGUUAGAAAAUAAUCUACCGCAAUUGCAGUAUUUAUUGAAGAAAGAUCCAGAAUCCUAUAAAGAUGAUUUCCACACUCAAUACAACAGUUUUCAAGGAAUGCUGGAGGUUUUUUGUGGAACACCUGAACAACCAAAUAAGAAAUUGGAGGAUAUGGUAAUGUUCGUAGCUCAAGUAGUUCAAUGUUAUCCAAAAGAAUUAGAACAUUUUCCAAAACAAUUGAUAGAUAUUUUGGAAAAAUAUGAUACUGUUUUAUACAAAGAUAUGAGGAUGCAGUUGUGCCGUGCUUUAGUUUUAUUGAGAAAUAAGCAAUUACUGCUGCCUAAUGACUUGUUGGAAUUAUUUUUCAAGUUAUUGAGAUGUGACGAUAAGAAUUUGCGUGAUUAUCUUCAAACUCAUAUAAUUACAGAUAUUAAGAAUUUAAAUGCUAAACAUAAAAAUGCCAAGUUGAAUACUUCAUUGCAAAACUUCAUGUUUACAAUGUUGAAGGAUUCCAAUACUAGGGCUGCAAAGAUGUCAGUAGAUAUAAUGAUAGAGUUAUACAAAAAAAAUGUUUGGAAUGAUACCAAAACUGUUAAUGUAAUUGCUACAGGGUGUUUCUCUAAGAUAACCAAAGUAAUGGUUGCUUCUUUGAAAUUUUUCCUAGGAAAAGAUGAAGAUGAUAAAUCAGACAAUUCAGAUUCAGAUGAAGAUAUUGACCCUAAAGAAGUAAUGAUGGCAAAUAAGGUCAAUAAAAAAUCAAGAAAGAGGGAUAAGAAUUUAGCCAAAGUGAAAAAAAUGGCAGCAAAAGCAUAUAAAAAGAAAUCCAAGAGUGAAUCUUUUAAUUUCUCAGCAUUACACUUAAUCCAUGACCCACAAGGUAUGGCUGAAAAGUUGUUCCAUCAGUUGGAAACUACAACGAAGAGGUUUGAAGUGAAAUUGAUAACCUUGGAUGUUAUAUCACGUCUCAUUGGUUUGCAUCAAUUAUUUUUAUUCAAUUUUUAUGGAUAUAUUCAGAGAUUUAUGCAGCCACAUCAAAGAGAAGUCACCAGGAUUUUGCAGUUUGCAGCACAAGCAAGUCAUGAGUUAAUACCUCCAGAUAUAAUUGAACCUGUUCUUAAAACUUUGGCAAACAAUUUCAUUACAGAGAGGAAUUCUUCAGAUGUUAUGGCAAUUGGUUUGAAUGCUGUCAAAGAGAUUUGUUGUCGUUGUCCACUUGCAAUGAGUGAGGAUUUACUACAAGAUUUAGCAGAAUAUAGGAAUUAUAGAGAAAGAGCAGUAAUGAUGGCUUCUAGAGCACUUGUUCACUUAUUCCGUAAUAUAAGGCCGCAGUUGUUACGUAGAAAAGAUAGAGGUAGACCUACAGAAGCCACAGAAGAACUCACUGAAAUGAAAUAUGGUGGAACAGAAGCACCAGAUUAUGUUAAAGGCGCAGAUGUUUUAUUAACCAAUCACAAAGAAGAAAUAGAAAUCAAUUCAGACUCUGGUUCUGAUGAUGACGAAUGGGUGGAUAUUCAACAUUCUUCAGAUGAAGAAAUGGUAGAAGAAAUAAACUCAAAUAGCGAAGAUGAAGAAGAGAAUGAAGAGGGUUAUGAAGAAGAAGAUUCAGAGGAUUAUGAAGAUGAAGAUGAUAGUGGCACAGAAAAUGAAGAAAAGUCGCUGACAAAAGUAGAACGUAAGAAAUUGAAUGCACAACGUAGGAUACAAAGGAAAGUUGAUAAAGUAGAAUUGGCAAAGAAGGCUACUCUUGAACGUAUUCUAACUGAUGAAGAUUUCAAAAGAAUUGACAUGGCUAAUGUUAAAAAGCAAGUAUUCUCUUCAACUAAAGGAUUGAAAAGACUGGCUGAGCAAGACCUUAAGGAACGGUCUGAGUUGGUUAAACUAGGUGAUAUCGAGAAUAUUUAUAAAAAAAGGAAACACGAUAAAGCUUCUCGAGUUGAGAGUGUUAGAAAGGGUCAGGAGGGUAGAGAAUCCUUUGGUUACAAAGAUGGUAGAAUGAAUAUACAUUGCUCUAAGACUAACAGGGAGAAAAGGAAGACAAAGAACUUUCAGAUGAUGAGGCAUAAGGUCAAAGCAAAAGUAAAGAAGAGUUUCAAGGAUAAACAGGUUGCUCUCAGGAAUCAUUUGUUGAAGUUGAAGAAAAUGAAGUAAUGAGAAUGAAUUUAUAAUAUUUCACUUGUUAGGUUAUUGAAGUAGGAAAAUUUUGAAUCAUAAUUGUUUUGUUUUUAGAAUUUGAAGGAACUAAUUGCUUUAAGAAUAUCGAGUUGAAAAUAGAAAUAAAACCUAGCCUCUAAUAGUCCUAGAAUAAUUUGAAAGUAAUAUAUAUUCUGUAAAAACAAAAUACAAAAAUAAACAUUUUCUAUAACAA